UGUGGUUCUUUCUCAACGUUUUGUUCUGCUGAACUGACUACUAUAGUUUAGAUUUUCUGCCUCAACAUGAGCCUAAACCCCAGCCUGAACUCCAGCCUGUCUGACCCGAUGCAUGAACUCGGGUUGGCGAGAAUUCCCCCCGCUGUUCUCGGGCUCUCUCAGGUUCAGCAGAGGAAAAUGUUCUGUGUUUUAAUGUAAUAAAUCACACUGUGAUUUUUGUGCCGAUCCACCAGUUACAGCUUAUCUGCGCGUUUAAAGCUCAACGCAUGAAUUAAUUGAUGCGCUGCGCAGGUCAGGCAGAACGUGCGGGAUUGAGUCGGUGAUAUGUAGGAGAUGUAUAUGCAGUUGCAGACACUUAAUUAUCUGCUGGGUUAUUUUUUGGUGUAAAUGUGUAGAGAGAAUAAAGGCAGGAGGAGAGAAUGAGACCUGCCUCUCCGUCUGCUCUUUAACAAGCAUACUAGAGCAGCAGACGAGCUGCUUGAGAAAUAUUUGGCAUUAUGAUGUAAAAUGCAUCAGAAUAAGUGGAUUUCUAAAAAUGUGUCCACAAUAUCUGACAUAAAUUUGUUAAAUGACUCUAAACAAGACAUCACAUAUUACUAAAUUACCAAUGUUUAAAAAUGUAGUAGAUCCUGUUAACUAAGUCAUGAGUUUUUAGGAAUUUUAAUGGUGAAUAAUGUCUAACUUUUUUCAUGUAAUAACUAGUUGAAGCAUUAAUUAAAAAUUUUACAGUGUUUCUUACUGUUGUAAGCACAGUUGACUGAUGUAAACUAAUUGUUAAUGUUACCUUUAUUUAAAAUAUUUUGUUACAUAUACAGAUAUGCCUAACAACGUGACUUAAGUUUGAACAGAAGUAACAUUAUAAAGAAAAAAUAUUUAUUUCAGCUGCUGACAGCAUGUUUUAUACUGUACUAUUCCACAAUAGUACAAUUUAUUACUUAUUUUAUUAUCUACAUUAUUUCAUGCAUUUAUAAGUUUAAAAAAAAACUUUAGUUUUAAACACUGGCUGUAUUUGGAAUGGCAUACAACUAUACUGCAUACUGCACUAGUAUGUACUGCAUACUACACACUGCCCGGUAUGUAGUAUUCGGUCAUCUGCCCAUUGAGGAGACAUCGUCCAACCCUAAUUACUGUCAUUGUUUAAGAUGCAUGAAAUAUUUUAUAAUUUAGUGUAAAGGAAAAGGCUUCGGACAUCAUUGGUCACAUGAUCAAUGUAGAACGAAUCAAGCUUCGGCACCGUGAUUUAAACCACUGCAUGUUGUUUUUUCGGCACACGUUUCUUUAUUUCUUUCUUUCUUUAAGUUCUCAGUUUCUAGUGAGACCAGAACAGAAUUAAGAGUGUCUGAACAGUGGGAAGUCCUUAUAAAGGCACUAAACAGGUGGCUGGAAGACCACCAGCGCCCCCCUUUUUAUGGAAAUAUGAAGAUGUCCCAGUAGUUUUAUCUGUAUAGUUUAACUCAGAGACUGUAAAAAAAGAUGGAAGCCGUGUCUCCGUUCCCAUUCAUUCAAUGAAAUGAAGCCAAAAUCUUCCACCAUGUUGGCGAUCCUGACACCCGAUUCUGCGCAAUAGUGACCAGAGGAGGGAGAAAGACUGUGAAUAGCAACCUACUCAUUUGAAUAACCCCGCCCCUGAGGGCUGCCUCGCGGUCACAGACUGCAGAGCGGAGCGGAGCGGAGCUGACGGUCUGUUAUUGGUCCCACCCAUAAGCAGCCCUUUUACAAUAACCACACCUUUUUUGAAUAGAACUGAAUAACGUUUUAAAAACGAGUUCUGUGGGGAUAUAAAAUUUUGACAAUAUAAGCAGAGGUUACUGUUGCAUUUAAAUAAUGGAGGUAGAAUAGGCUCUAAGCAUCAGCAGCAGUGACAUAUUUCCGCUUUGGUUUAUACCGGCACUCUUACUUCCUGUUUGCAUUUUUAGCAGCGAGUACUACAGGAUAUGUGGAGUUUAUAGCGAACGCAAAUGCAAUAUUAUAUCGGAAGGUAGCCUGUGCUCCUACAUGGGGAUCUGCCCUAUUUUAUCCCUAUUCUGAAAGCAGCGUGAGAUGCAUGCUUUAUGAUGAAUUUCACCAGAUCAGCGCUCCAGCGCUCAGAUAAAUACAUGGUGGACGGAGCCGGCACUGCCAGGGAGUGUCUCUACAAAUGUAAGGAAUUUUCUCCUGUAUUCCCACUCACCGCUGCAUGUGUUUAUCAGACUAGUAUGUUUUAGACUCUUUUAAGUUGUUUUCCAGUGUUGUUUUUGCCUGUACGUUAUGUAAUGUAAGACCUGACCGGGUGAAGCUACCAUUAGUUAUCGCGCUAAUUUACCGGGUAAGCUAACACGCAUCUAGCCGACUUACAGAGUACCAAACGCGGCUGCAGUGCUGAAGAAACCCCGCUAGGAAACUAAGAUAACCCGGCCGUCCAGUAUCACAAAACCUUUAACUGUUUUAAGUCACUGUUACGUAUAAGUUAUUUAAUGUGUAAAUAGUUUAACUGUUAGAUUGAGUAACUGUGGAUUAAUGUGUAACUAAGUGAUUUAAUGUGUAAAUAGUGGAAUUAAGCGCUGUUAGCUCUGUUUCUAAUUCAGAUUAUUUUGUUCACAGGGAUGAGCAUGGGCCAGGAAAGAUGAACUCCGGUCAGACCGGCUGGAGGCAGCGUUAGCUCCUUUUAUAAAUGAAAAUAUUCUCCUGAAAUUCACCACCAACAACCAGGAUAUUUAUCAAAAGAUCAAAGUUAAACUGCUGAAAGAGGGGAAGCACAAGCAAUCCUGAAGAAUCUGGAGAACACACAAAAAUAGUUUGCUACAUUUAACAGACAAAUAAAGCCAAGUCCCGACAUGGAGAAACAUCAGCACUCUGUCAAGAGUUUUACUAAACAGAGUACUCUCAAAAAACAUCAGCGCAUUCACACAGGAGAGAAACCGUAUUACUGCUCAGACUGUGGGGGGAGUUUUAAUCGACAGAGUCAUCUCCAACAACACCAGCGCAUUCACACAGGAGAGAAACCGUACCACUGCUCAGACUGUGGGAAGAGUUUUAAUCAACAGAGUACUCUCAAAACACAUCAGCGCAUUCACACAGGAGAGAAACCAUAUUACUGCUCAGACUGUGGGAAGAGUUAUAAUCAACAGAGUACUCUCAAACUGCACCAGCGCAUUCACACAGGAGAGAAACCGUAUUACUGCUCAGACUGUGGGAAGAGUUUUAAUCAACAGAGUAAUCUCAAAAUACACCAGCGCAUUCACACAGGAGAGAAACCGUAUGAGUGUUCAGACUGUGGGAAGAGUUUUACUACACAGAGUAAUCUCAAAAAUCACCAGCGCAUUCACACAGAAGAGAAACCGUAUCACUGUUCAGAUUAUGAGAAGAGUUUUGGUACACAGAGUCAACUUAAAAAUCACCAGCGCAUUCACACAGGAGAGAAAACUGUCCCAAAUUUGUUCCACGGCAAUAAAAAGCGCAAAUCGUAAAUCUUUCAGACAGAACACCUUAUCCUACACAAAUGUUUCACUCUGUCACUUGGGACACGUUCCACCAGAAAUAAACAUGAACUGAAUUUAACAAUGGAUUUUACAGGUUCAGCAAAAAGAAUCUGAUCCAGAUGAUGUUUAUUGAAAUUAAUGUUAUGUUUUCUCGUACGUUUGAUAUUCCAGGACAUUCACUCGUUGAUGUACUUUUACUCUUUUCUAAUAUAUAUAUAUAUAUAUAUAUAUGUAUAUGUAAUGCUGAAACUAUUUUUCCAGUAAACUUUCAUACAUUUUAAAUUCUAA